AUGCAGGCAGAUGAAUGCAUACUGUUCUUUGCCAUUGCCCCUCCUACAUUCUCCCCUGCAUCUGCAAGCCAACCGCCUGAGCCCGUCAUACACCUCAUCAAGAUGAGCGAUCUGUCACCCAUGCCACUGACUGAUCAGAUAGCAGGAGUUUUGGAGCUCAUGUUCUGCCAAAAGCUCCAUCUGGCCACUCAUGCAGCCCAUUCUGCGCCAUCCAUAGAAGUGCCUCCGUCCAUGCCAUCCACCCUCCUAUUGGAGUGCAAUGGCAUUGCAGAUGCUCUUGUGAAGGUCAUCCUAAGGCUGCAGUGGGACAUUGAUAGAUAUUGCGACAGCCUUUCAAUUCAGCCCACGGGGCAGAAUGAAGUUCUCGAGGCAGAACUGGAACGGAAGUGGCCUCCUCCAUUUGGUGAGAGCGAAAUACGCAUAGACCAGCCCACCACCCUCGUGGACAUGCACAGACGCAUCUUGGCUUGGAUACUUCCAAGAGUGUUGAUACUAGACCGCCAGAUGAAGAUGCUCCAAGCGACCAGGGCCCUACACCCAGCAAUAGCAGCCAGUAAGCCUUCCAGCACCACCGCCAGUUGGCGACACAACCCAUUGUACUUCUUGCCUCCUGAGGAGUGUGCCCAAUUCCCAGCGGGCUCCUUGUGUCUCUCGCCAGGUUGGUUCCAACAAGUAAGAGAGCAUAUGGAGUCUGGGAGGCUGGAGACCUCUGCCAGCCUGAAGCUUGAGGGCGGAAGACGUUGGCUGCGUGAUAUUCAUGACUCCUCCACAUUGCUGGGUGCCAUCCUGGCCGUCAUUCACCCAACGCUAUAUGCCGCAGGAUGCCAGUACUUGGGUUUGAUCCAGCAAGACCCAGAAUUGCGAGAGAUGGUGCUGAACUGA